CGGGGAGAGGAUAUCCUAGAGGGUCCUAAAAAUGGCCACGAGCGACGACGAACAUUUCCAUCUGUACGAGGUGUUUCAGAACUGCUUCAACAAAAUCGCCAACAAGCAGCCGCCUGAAAAAGCGGGCUACCAGUCACCAUAUGGCGGCAUGGACAAUGGCGUGUACGCGCCGGAGGAGUACACCCACGAGAGUCCGGUUUCCGGCGGUCAACGCUACACGUCACCAAAGACCGGAGGUGGAGCGCUGUACCAGGCGGAGGCGUACUACGAUUCGCCGGGCGGAUCGUGGUACCCGGCGUCAUCGAGCGGGGCGUAUGCUCCGCACUCCGGGACCGGCUACCACAAUGUUGGCCACGGGGCUCACCUCGGCGGUGGAGCCGGUGGACCGCAGCAUAACCAUGACCAGUAUGCCAUGUCCCCGGUCGGUGUGCCGCACAUGGACGGUUCCCAUCUGGCGCAGAACCAAACGCAAACACUUCCACCGAUGAGCACGUUCCGAGGCAAUACCGCACAGAUACCGGCCAUCGGUACGCAGGGCCAAAACUCACCCGCAAUCUACAACGCAAUCGCUGCCGGCCACCACAACCAGCAUGCGCAGCAUAGUCCAAUUGUACAAAACGACACCCUGGUCGGAAAGGCGCUGCAAACGAUGUACCCAACUGACCAAAGCAUAAGCAGUUACGGCUCCAACCCGAACACACCAGUGAACUCACCUCCACCACUAACGUCCCAGCAACAGCAGCAGCAGCAACAGCAGCAGCAAGUUCAACAGCAGCAACAAGUCCAGCAGCAAAACCAGCAAACAACGCAACAAAGUAUUCACGUCGGUGGUGCGGUGGGGCCAGGAGCGGCUAGUUCCGCACCCGGCGGAGGUCCAACUUCCGUCAGCGCUGCCACGGUGGCCGCAGCAGCGGCAGCCGGCGUGGGGCCCGGCUCCUGGCAGCAGAUCAACCCAGUGAUCAACAGCAACGGUGGACCGGUGGCCGGUCUCAACAGUCUCCCGAACGGUUCCUACGCUCCCGAGCUAGUGCACCGAGGACUACCGCACAUGGCCAACUCGCCCGAGAUACAACCGCUGGACGAGGCGAUCGUGUCGUUACUAAGAGAGCAUGAAAGUGUUACGGGUUCGCGCAUGGAGGAGCGGCUGGAUGAUGCCAUCAACAUACUGCGGAACCAUUGCGAGCCGCAGGUCGGCGUGUCGCUCUCGUCGAUCGAUCCCGCAGCGACCGCCUCGCCAUACACGGCCGGUGGUGCCGGCCCGAUCAUUCCACCUUCCGCCCAGCUCCAGCACGACGCACCGUCCGAGCUGUCCAGCAUCCCAGUGAAAUCGGAAAGACUACCAAUCAACACGCCGGCGUCGGUGAACAACAAGAAACGCAAAGAACCACCAGACUCCGACACCAAACCGAGCAGCUCGGUGCAGGGGCCAGCGAAGGGAGCGAAGCGGCAGCGCAAGUAUAAAACCUCGCGCAGUUGUUCCAGCGCCGAUGACGACGACGACGAUGAUGAUCUGGAUCCGGUGACUAAAGAUCGAAAGGAGAGAGAGCGAAGACAGGCGAACAACGCUCGGGAAAGAAUACGUAUUCGGGAUAUUAAUGAGGCACUGAAAGAAUUGGGCCGUAUGUGCAUGUCUCACUUGAAGUCGGACAAACCACAGACCAAGCUGGGCAUAUUGAACAUGGCCGUGGAAGUGAUAAUGACUCUCGAGCAGCAAGUGCGAGAACGCAAUCUGAACCCAAAAGCGGCUUGUUUGAAGCGACGGGAAGAAGAAAAGGCUGAGGAUGGUCCGAAGCUACCUCCGCAUAUCCUACAUCAAUCAGCAUACCCGUCGCUCCCUGGUGCACCGCCAAGCCUACCCCACAGUGGACCACCACAAUAGCAUACCAAUUUUACCUGUUUCAUUCGAAGAUAACAACGCACACAUGCGCACACUCUCACAAAACCAACAUAGCCUGGCUCAGUCUGGGCUACGGACACUGCUAGCUAAAAAUGCCACAGUAAAUGCAAACCAAACCGUCAACAAGUCCAAGAUCAAUGCACGGCGGUGCAUAUCGGUGACAGAAACAUUAAAAUCGGCGUCAGCAUGGAUCGCUAGUUAAAAAGAUAAACCGAAGAACCGAAAAAUCCCUUCGCUGCCGGUAGCCAGAAGAACAAGAGCACAGUGUGUACAUAUUUACCGGAGGGAGUAAGAAUGCUAUGUCUAUAAGUAGAACAAAAAAACAGCCGAGGGAAAGAAAAUUAUGAUGUUUGUGUUUGCUCGGCUUCGUGGCGGAGGACACAGUCACAGCUCCGAGCCCCCCGGCGGAGAGGUUCUGGAAGCAACCGACCGAGAGAGUGAUAGGAAACGCACGUGUAAAGAAACUAUAAAAACGCUCAAACCGUUUCAACGAACACUGGUAGUUCGUACCGCGGAUAGAGAUGCAGGAGAACUUGUGUACGUUUUAGGUGAAUGCAUUAGGCUAGGGAGAUUUUAAGAGGUCGGUGUGUUCCGUACAUCCACUACGGCGAACAUGGAACGACCGAGAUCCUUCUAUCAGCAAACAAGCGAUCGGCAAAAAACAUUUUGUUAUUGAUAUAAGCGCAACCGCAGGCGACCGACCGGCAUGAUAUGCUGAAUGUAGUGAUGCAUCGUUAUGUAGGAGAAAAAAAGGUAAAACUAUCUUUUAGUAUUCUCUAAAUAUAUAUAUACAAACAAAUAUAUAUAUAUACAUAUAAAUAUAACCAUACAACAGAGAAAACGGGAAUGACGGAAGGAGUUUAGGUAAAGGUUUUUAGGUGGACGGCUGAGUGCCGAGAAAAUGAUUCAACCGCACGAAUUUCCGUGAAAUUGGUUUAGGAAUCAGAAUGGCUAAAAAGGUUUGCAAUUUUUUUCGGUACAAAGUUUUGUUCGUGAAUGAUUGAAUCAUCAGCAACAAAGAAAUUGAGAGAGAAAAUGAUAAAGAAAAUGAUCACCGCCACCGUUUAAUUCAUGCACAAAAUAGAAAGUUUGCGCCAGGGAAGGGUCGGGUUAGAAAACAAUCAAGAGGAUCAUCUGUUCUCUGUGUCCGCGAGAUCAUCUGACGGUAGCAGACAGGAUGCAUUUCAUGAUCACAGCCGGAAACAAUUCGAAAUGGUUGCUGUGUUGGCGCGCUUUUUGUGUUCAAUGAUAGAUUACGAUCCCGACGUUUUGCUCGGUUAGGCAUACAUUAUUCUUUUAUUUCUUUGGCGCUUCAUUGCAGCGAUUAGUUCAACACCAGCAACGCGACAUUUCUUACUUAAUCUUCGUACUUAGUAAGUUAUCAGUUACCAGUGUACUUAGAUCGCGAAUCGGAACGGCAGAGGCGCUUGAUUGAAAUUUUCUUUCUACGCAGUGACGGCACACCACAUAUCGUACGGUAGGUAGCGUUUGAAACGUUACUACCAUGGAAGUCACAUUACUGCGUAGGGAAUGAAAUUUUAAUAGAAACUAAUCCGGAUGAUUAAGAAAUCUCUGUUUCCUACUGUCAGAUGAUAGGACGAAGAAACCGAAGCCGGUUCGUAACUGUGUGGCAAUUCAGAUAAUCAGUAAAUCAGUAUUUGGUUGAAACAGCGCGUCGUUGGUACAUUUUAUGGUUUAAUACGCCUUUUUAUUUCGUCACUUCGAGAUACAGUCAUAAGAGUUGCUCUUUGCCAUUUAAUCUACUUAAGAAUCACAAACAAGAAGGAACUGAAUGAAACUAAAAAGUGUUGAAUGGAUGUUUAUGGAAAAAAUCGAGAUUUCGUUUACCUUCGUCAUACAGAAUCUUUAUUAAGACCAGUGGACCGGCCAGUCUAGGCGGUUCUAUACACAUCAAAGAAGCAUCACUUUAUUUACUUGAAAACAUCAUACUUCCCCCGAACAUCACGCUCCAUUGUGAGGCACUCUGGGUAGGAGCCUACGUUUACACGAAGCUAAACCGAAUUUCUGUGAUUUUUUUCCAAUUCGUAGCGCGCUCAAAGGAACAAUCGAACUGAAUGGUUCUCUUUUUCUCUCUCUCUACGUUUGUACUUUUACGGUGGCGUUGGAUUGGUUUGGUCUAUUCUUGUUUACUUACAUAAAACACCGAUGAUUGUCAAGAGAAAUUGAAGAUUUCAUUUUAUAUUGCGAUCGAUUUUAUCUGAUGUGAUACUUUUGUUUUUUUUGUUUAUACAGAGGCAAACGGAAUUAAAAUAAUGGAUCAAGAAAAGUGGACCAGAAGAGAGCUCUAAUUUAUGUGGGUGUUUUUACAGUUUACGUUCAACCGUAAUAUCUUACAAUUUCUUUCCAACGCAUGAUGUUUAAUAGUUUCCAAAUGUAACGAUUCAAACUAUUUAAGUUAUAGCACAUUGUCAAGGAUCCCUAUGCUUAUAGCGUGGAAAAUCUGCCUCUUUUUUAUUUCCUCUGGACCACAAGAUUUCCAGGUCGAUGAUUUUGCUUGCAGUUUGCCUCUUGGGUGUUUUGAUCAACGACAUUUUUCAUUUACCAACUUCCACAUCACUAUUGAGCGCAGUCGGUGCUCCGGUUACUUAAAAGAGAAGAGCGACAAAAGAAAAACGUGGACAUGCAAUGAUCGUGAAUGCAAAUAUGGUACUAAAAAUAUUCACCUAGCUCUUUGUGUUUAGUUACUUAAACUUAUUUUUAUUUAGAGAAAGCUUAUACAUAUAUUUUAAUUGAAUAGUAGAUCUAUACCUUUCUUCCAUUGAUUUGGUAUUUUGUUUCCAAAGCAAAAUAGAAAAACAAAACAAAAGUAUAAUUGCGAAGAAAAACUUGAAACCGUGGGAGAGAAUACCCAUCAGAGGAUGUGUAAAUUCGUUUCGCCAUUUUAACGUAUACACCUUCCAAUGUUCGUUUUAUUUUAAUUUUUUAUUUGAGCUAUUUUAUUUUAAUCGUAAAGUGUAUGUAUUAAGAACGAUACUGCGGUAAUGGGCGAACGAUAGAAUGGAAAAAAUGGAGAAAAGAGCAGCAACAAUAACAACCAACCAACAGCAGACAAAACCUUGGAAAAAACCCGAAUCCUUCCACCGUGUUCAGUUGGAGACUAGUAUUGUAGGACAGGGCUGUUUUAUUGUUUCGUUUUAGUUGUAUCUGCAAUCACUUUUUACACGAUACGGUUUUUAAUCUCUCUCUCCUAAGAAUGUAAUGUCUCUGUUCACAGUCCUUCCGCCGUUCUUUUUUAUGAAGUUUUCAAGCAUGAUUUUAUCCUAUUUUUGGCUCAAAAAUGCCAGCAACGGGUCAAAAGAUAAAAGCCUAGUUAAAAGUGAAAGAAACUUUUUCCUAUAUUUUUCAUAAGCACAUGUUGGUUUGCAGUAAGCUAUCGAAAACGAAAAUAUCAAUUAUACUGUUACCCUCGUUUUUUUGUUUUUUCAUCUUAUUUUGCGUUCACCCCAGGCCGCGUUUCAUUUUAACACCUUUCUCCCUCGAUUGGGUACUGUCCUAAGUUAGUGAAGAAACAAUCAAAGGGGUUUCAAACGUUCUAGUAUAAAACGGAAAGCCAUAUAACGAGGGAAAAGACUAGCGCACGGAGCGAGUGCUGCCAAAUCUGAACCACGGUCAGCCGGUAACACAAUGCUUGCUAACGAUUGGUUCUAGCACAAUGUCUUACGUUGAAAACCUACUAUCGGAGGGUACACUUACAAUCAUCCCCAAAAUGGUGAAACAAAAGCCAACCUACUUUGCAACAAAGAUUCCUUUUCGGUAUUCCUGCGUGAAUGUGCGCGAAAGUAGAUAAAGAAAGAAAAAAGAGCAGCAACAGUAUAAAAAAUGAUGUUUGCGCAGGACAGGACGAGGAAGCAAAUCAAAAUGUGAAUACAAACACAUGAUAAACUAUAGGAAGUGAACCGUGGCGGAAGUGUAUAAUCAUCAACAGAAAAUACAUGUGUAAAAAUGAGGAAAACCGCAAGCACAACGCUUGCUGAUAACGACGCGAGAGUGAGAGGCACGGAGCGAACGACAGUGAUGUAAUGAUAAUACCAGAUGGCUACGUUUUAAUAAUGCUAAAAAAAGGAAAAAAUGUAAACACAAAACUGAAUCAACAACAGACAAAUGAGGAUAAAAUCAUUACAAUGUAUAUUAUGUUAUUAAAAUAA